UCAACCGCAAGCGCAGAGAUCUCGUCUGAAACGGGUCUCGCAUUUUCCUGCGAUUGAUCCUCCUUUGCAAAAUUACCGACAAAUUAAAAUAUGCAGCGGGGUGUGAUGGCAGGUGUGGAGGUUAUUUUGCUCUGUGUCGCUGUCAGUGUUUGGAAGCCACAGAGAGUCAAUGGAGAUGUGUGUGUUGCAGAGACUCUGAGCCAGUCCGACGCUGACUUCUGCCAUGGGAGAUUAGAGGUGAUUUACCCUGAGCUGGAGAUCAGCAGCUGCAGCGUCAUCCCACGGGGACAGCACCUGCGGGACAAGAUCAGCAGGGAAUGGGGACCUCCUCGGGUGCGACUGGCAGGUGCUGAAAAGGCGAAGAAGUAUGCUCUGAUGAUGGUGGAUCCUGACACUCCGAGCCGCUGCAAUCCCACUCGUUCCCACUGGAGGCACUGGCUUGUGGUGGACAUCGCGGGCAGCGACCUGAAGAAAGGUGAUAUCAAAGGCUCGGUUCUGUCUGAUUAUCGCCGCCCAACCCCCCCACAGGGCACCGGUCUCCAUCGUUACCAGUUUAUGCUGUUUGAGCAGCCAGCUGACAAGACCCUCAGCCUCAGCCAAGAGGAGAAGUCCUCGCUGGGGAACUGGGAUCCACAGGCAUUCAUCCAGAGGUUUGGCCUGGGCAAGUCCUUGGCCUCUUUGCAGUUCCUCACUCAGAAUGCCAAAGAUGAGUAAAGAUGCAACCAGGCUGUCAUCACCCAGCAUGACCUCUGACCUCUUGACUCACACCCGGUGACAGCAGGGCACAGCCAGGCAAUGCCAUCUGAAGAGUAGAUUAGGUGUUU